ACGAAAAUACUGUGUUUUUGUGGAAAUUGUGUAAAAUAAGAAAAAAUUACGGCACCAUUAUUUAUAUGAUUUAUUCUAACAACUGAUUGUACCUACCAGCUGGACAAGUGUUAUCCUUACAAUUAAUUACUUCUACACACUUCACUGCUCUGUUACUAUGAAUCCACUUGAAUCUUCACUGGCUGAGAUGUCAGAGCUGUUUAAUGCACGUAUGGCGAAGUUCGAAGCCCAGCUCAACAAGUCUCCAGAACCAUCAACCACAUCAUCAAGUUUGGCAUUGGAAUUUUCGUCAUUUCGGGCAUUCAUUACUGAGGCACUUAAUAACUUGCAACAGCAGGUGGAGAUGCUCGCGCGCAUGCAGGAUAAUACAGAGACUCGCAGCCGUAGAAAAAUGUUGAUCAUUCACGGAGUAGCUGAGACUAAGGGUGAGCAAAUUGAACAGGUAUUGUCUAAUUUCAUAGGCAGUCAUCUUGCUUUGGCCGAGUUCUCCUCAGCUGAUAUUAGAAGAUGUCACCGUAUGAAUAGAUUGUCAACAUCCGAAGGCUCUCGUCCCAUACUGAUAAAAUUCCAAACGUAUGAAAUGCGCAGUCAAGUUUGGUUUUCUAAAACAAAACUAAAGGGUACCGGCUUUACUAUUUCGGAGUUUCUGACGAAAGCGCGGCACGACAUUUUCAUGGCUGCACGGAGUAGAUUCGGCAUGAAGAAGGUCUGGACCAAGGAUGGCUGUGUCUACAUUUUGGGAGCGGAUGGCAUCAAACAUCGCGUCGUUACACAUCGAGAUCUUAAUCAUCUUCAAAAGAACACAUCGGAGGCAGUCCCUGAGGUUGAUGCUCAUAAGCGUGCUGUUACAAAACCGGCUGUGGUAAAGGCAAAGCGCGCUGCUGCUAGAAAGUGAUAGUGAUAAUCUUGCUUCUUGUUUGUUUCCUUUCUUGUGUAUAACAGGAUUA